AUGACAGUGGCCCAGGAACUGCGUCUCGUGCUCUCGUGCUUCGCGCGCUUUGGCGGCGUCGCGUUCUGUCUCCUGCAAGUAGCUGACCCGAUCAAGUGCGUCGGCCCGUCCAUGUUACCCACGCUCAAUCGAGACGGCGACAUUGUGUUGCUGGACAAGUUGACGCCACGACUCUGGACACUCGAGCCAGGGGACGUCGUGAUUGCCAAGUCCGUGUCCAAUCCGCGCCAGACAGUGUGCAAGCGGAUCAUUGCGCAGGAAGGAGACACUGUGUGCGUGCGGCCCCGAUCGACGUCGAGCGAGGUGGAGUUCCACAAGAUUCCCAAGGGUCACGUCUGGCUCGAAGGGGACAAUAAACGCGACUCGCACGACUCGCGGUACUACGGUCCAGUGCCGUGUGCACUCGUGCAAGGACGAGUGGUGAUGAGGAUUUGGCCACUGCACCAGAUGAAGUGGAUGAAAAAGGAAGUGUCGCCACAGGCAUUUCGUGAGAGAUGA